UGCAGCCCCAAGUCACCCUUCUCAGAGACAGAGAUGGUUUGAGAAGGGGCUGGCAGGUUGUUGAGGCUGGCUGGCUGGCUAGACUUGCUAAUGUCCAAGAUAGUGCCGGUGAUAGAAUCCAUAUAGUGGUACACUGGCUGUAUGGGCGUUCGCCAUGCCAUUCUUUCAAUUUUACUGCCUGCUUGGGGUGUUUUUCUGUUUUUGUUUGUUUGUUUGUUUGUUUGUUUUGGUAGCGAAAUAUCAGGAAAGAGAGGGCAAAAAUUCUUUUUUAAAGAUUUAUUUAUUUAUUUAUUUGAAAGUCAGAGUUACAUACAGAGAGAAGGAGAGGAAGAGAGAGAGAGAGGUCUUCCAUGUGAUGGUUCACUCCCCAGAUGGCCACAAUGGCCAUAGUUGUGCCAAUCCAAAGCCAGGUGCCAGGAGCUUCUUCCAGUUCCCCCACAUGGGUGCAGGGGCCCAAGGACUUGGGCCAUCUUCUACUGCUUUCUCAGGCCAUAGCAGAGAGCUGGAUCAGAGGAGCAGCUGGGUCUCGAACCAGUGCCUAUGUGCGGUGCCGGUGCUUCAGGCCAGGGUGUUAACCUGCUGUGCCACAGCGCUGGACCAAGAGCAAAAAAUACUCAGGCAAAUAGUAGGCACCACACAGACGAAGGCCUUGAGUCUGUGCUCCCCCUUCUGGGAGACUCAACUUCAAUGACAGCAAACUCUCAACAAAUGUCAGGUUGCAGGUGAACACACCUGCCAAUUCUCUAGAGGCAAAACCUUUCACCAGCGCCAUAGACUCCACUCCAAAAGCUGCUGGUUGGGGCUGGUGCUGUGGCAUAGCGGAUAAAGCCACUGCCUGCAUGGCUGGCAUCCCAUAUGGGUGCCAGUUCGAGUCCCGGCUGCUGCACUUCCCAUCCAGCUCUCUUCUAUGGCCCAAUCCUUGGGGCCCUGCACCCACAUGGGAGACCAAGAAGCAGCUCCUGGCUCCUGGCUUUGGAUCGGCCAGUUCUGGCCAUUGCGGCCAUGUUGUGAGUGAACCAGUAGAUGAAGACCUCUCUCUCUCUCUCUCUCUCUCUCUCUCUCCCCCUCGCCUCACUGUAUAAAUAAAUUAUAUUACUUGAAAGCCGAUGAUCACGUCUCAAGCUUGUCCUGCCCCUCCUGGGCUCUGGCACUCAGCCAGUGGACCCCACCUUGUCAUCUCUAACCUUUCAGGGAGGGACAGACCCUGCCCAACACCUGAUCCCAAGAGGUUGACCUUGUUUGCUCAGGAGGUGAGGUUCACUUGAUAAAGAGCAGGAGGGAGGGCUAGGAUCUGGUAUAAAAGUUCUGGAAGGUUCUAAGGGGGUACCGUGCACCUGAAGCUUCCAGGUGAGAGGUGUUAGGGAUUCCUGGGUCUGCCUUUGCAGGGGGAGAGGAUUCAGAUCUGAUCUGGUCUGGGGAAGGGGAUGCCUGGAUUGAGUAGCAGGGGAGUGUUAGUGAAGUGGGGUCCCUGGGUUGAAGCUAUCUUAGGUGCAGAGCUGUGUCAGUUGUCCUUUGAAGGACUAGGGACACCUGGGACACUCAGGUGAAUGGGAAAGGCCAGGCAUGUGUCAGUGGACAAAGAAUCGUGACAAAGAUUCCAUCCGCUGGUUCACUCCCCCACGUGGCCGCAAUGGCCAGAGCUGGGCCAAUCUGAAGCCAGGAGCCUGGAGCUUCUUCCAGGUCUCCCAAGGGGGUGAGGGGCCCAAGUGCUUGAGCCAUCUUCCACCACCUUCGCAGGGCACUAGCAGAGAGUUGGAUCGGAAGCGGAGCAGCUGGGACUAGAACCGGUGCCCAUGUGGGGUGCCAGCGCAGGGGCAGAGGAGUCCCCUACUGCGCUACAGUGGCCAGCUUGUUCGGUUUUUGCUCUGGUGCUGGGUUCAGGAAAUUCAGCCGUCUCAGGGCUGAGGCCAAGUCCUCCAGUCCCCCUUCAGAAAGUACCCGUCCUGGCUGUGUGGGACACAGCCCACGCCAAGAGUGAGCGCUGUCCUUCUGCUUGGAGGGGAAAGGUGGGCGUGGCUACAGCCAGACCAAGGGCAGGCCGGGGACAGUUGGACCAUGGAAGACGGUCUGGAGGAUGGGACUGCAGGCUGUGGACAGUGCUGGGCAACCUUGAGCUUGGGUGUGGCUAGGUGGGAGCUGAAGGGUCAGGCAACCCGGAGGCCAGAGGGAAAGGGGGAAACCUCCCCCCCUCCUCUCUUCUUCCCCCCCUGCAGCCUCACGAUGUGGACCUUCAUGCUCCUGGGCCUUCUCUGUGCCUCAGCCUCUGCUAGUGCCAUCCAGGCCAGGUCCUCAUCCUACAAUGGCGAGUACGGGAGUGGAGGAGGGGAGCGAUUCUCCCACUCCGGCCACCAGCUGGAAGGCCCCAUCACAGCCCUCCGUGUCCGGGUCAACAGCUUCUUUAUCGUGGGUCUCCAGGUGCGCUAUGGCAAGGUGUGGAGCGACUACGUGGGUGGCAAGCUGGGAGACCUGGAGGAGAUCUUUCUGCACCCAGGGGAGUCGGUGAUCCAGGUGUCUGGGAAGUACAAGUACUAUCUGAGGAAGCUGGUCUUUGUGACCGACAAGGGUCGCUACCUGUCCUUUGGGAAAGACACGGGCACGAGCUUCAACGCUGUCCCCUUGCACCCGAACACCGUGCUCCGAUUCAUCAGUGGCCGAGCUGGCUUAUUUGUCAACGCCAUUGGCCUGCACUGGGACAACUACCCCAGCAACUACGCCAGCAACUGCCGCAGCAACUGCUGAGCCCGCCUCCUCCGUGGCAGGGCCCCGUGGUGGGGUGUGAGACCUCCCUGAUCACCAUUCCCUUACUAAUGGCUCAAUAAAAGGACAUGGCUAAAGCUGGUGUGCAUGUGGGUGUGUGCAGGCGGGACCCACUCUUGGAGGGCUGUGUGAAUCUCAUUUCUGGCUACCUGCUGCUAAGAGUGGGAGCACGAGGGAGAGGUGUUGAGAAUCCUGGGCUUUUCCGUAUGUCGCAAGGAGAGGAGAUGCCGGUUUGUACCAACUCUUUUCGUGGUUAGCUCUUGAGAAUGU